AUGCAGACCAGCACCAGCACCCAGUGUUCCCCCAGCCAGUAUUUGGACUCUAACAACAAAGAGGAAGAGGAGGAUCAAAGAGACUACUGCUAUGGAGGCUAUCAUCCUGUGCGAGAGGGUGAUGUAUUUAACAAGAGGUACAAAGUUCUGUCCAAGCUGGGUUGGGGCUACUAUGCAACUGUGUGGCUCUGUGUGGAUCUCAGAUCUGGCAGACAUGUAGCAAUUAAAGUUCUGAAGAGUGGAUCUAGCUGUACCCAAGCUGGCCAAGAUGAGCUUACAUUACUGCGCAAUGCGACUGGUCCCUCAGCUUGUCACCCCCUGAAAGGCCGCAUUGUGCAGUUAUUGGAUGAAUUUAAAAUAGCUGGUGUUAAUGGCAUCCACAUGUGUCUGGUACUAGAGCUACUGGGACCAGACUUGCGUUGUUGGCAAGCGUGUUUUGGAAAACCUGGUCUCUCACUUGACUGUGUCAAAAGAGUAAUCUUUCAGGUGCUUGAGGGUCUUGACUAUCUACACACCCACUGUAAGAUUAUCCACACAGACAUCAAGCCUGAUAACAUUCUGCUCAGCCUGGGGCCACAGCCUCUAGCCCACACAGCACACAUUAAUGCUGAAAACAUUUCAGUAAAAAUCACAGACCUGGGUAACUCCUGCUGGGUGUACAAGCACUUCAGUGAAGAGAUCCAGACACAGCAGUACCGUGCUCUAGAGGUGCUGCUUGGUUGUGAAUAUGGUACUCCUGCUGAUAUCUGGAGUGUAGCGUGCAUGGCUUUUGAGCUUGCCACUGGUGAUUCGUUAUUUGAGCCGAAAGCUGGAAAAAACUUUUCAGUGGAAGAAGACCACCUAGCACAUAUCAUUGAGCUUCUGGGGAAGAUACCCACAUCUGUGGCCAUGUUGGGCAAAUAUUCGUCUGACUACUUUAACUGCAGUGGAGACCUACAUAGAAUUCCUGUCCUUCGACCAUGGGGGCUUUAUGAAGUCUUAAUAGAGAAAUAUCACUUUCUCCUCCAAGAGGCUGCUCUCUUCUUUGACUUCCUUCUUCGAAUGCUGGACUUCCUGCCAGAGCGGAGAGCGACAGCAGCUCAGUGUCUCCAGCACCAGUGGCUAAAAUUGUGA